CUCUCUCUCUCUCUCUCUCUCUCUCUCUCUCUCUCUCUCUCUCUGCUUCCAUGGCCUGCGACGGCGACUUCUGUGACGAUUAUUUACUCCUAAAGCCAGAGAAGGGAGAAGUGUCCGAUCUUUUCCGCCUCUUAUUUUCGAAGAACAUCAACCAUAACAAAUUCCUGGAUUGCCCAAGCGGCACAGAGAUAACAGAAGCCAGACGCCGAUGGCUAAUCUGUGUCUCCCUCACCGCCCAAGUAAUUCUCCUCCGUCUAAAGAAUCCACUGAGUUGGGCCGGAUCAGCGAUCGAGAGGUGGCUGAACCUUCUCUCAGAGAACACGAAUUUCUAUGCACUCAUUCUAAAUCAACUCCAAGGUGAAUUCCCUUCCUUCUCUCAUAUCACUAUCAUAUAUAUAUAUAUAUAUAUAUCCUAUUCCCUCAUCAGGUGUGCAAUGCAUGGUUGCAUGCGUCACGCGCCUGAUGACUGGACCAUUUCAUGUUUGGAAACUUAUUGUUGUGUAGAGAACGUGCAGCCGGUCCCGGAUCUCGAUUCGGCAAGCUACAAAUCUUUCAUCGGAUUUUUAGAUGAACGGCUGGGAUUAGAUAAAGACAUCAAAAAAGGCGACAAUAGAUAUCAUGCUGCCCUCUCUGUGAUGGCUGCUAAAUUAUCUUACGAGAACGAAACGUUCAUCAAAAGCACGGUCACAGACAAAUGGAAGAUGGAGUUCGUGGAGUACUACCAUUGCUGGAACGAUUAUCAAGAGCAAUUCUCCACACAAGCCUUCAUGCUCAUGGACAAAUCAACGGCUCCUGAGCUGAUCGUGAUCUCAUUCAGAGGCACAGAGAGCUUCAAUGCAGUCGAUUGGAGCACUGAUGUCGACUUCUCCUUUUAUGAGCUCCGUGGCAUGGGCAAGGUCCAUGCAGGUUUCAUGAAAGCUCUAGGGCUACAAAAAAACCAAGGGUGGCCAAAGGAGAUUGAACAAGGUGAAAAAAAGCCUGCAUAUGCCUAUUAUGCCAUUCGAGAGAAACUAAGAGAUGUACUGCGGAAGAAUGAUAAUGCAAAGUUCAUCCUGACGGGCCACAGCUUAGGUGGGGCUCUGGCGGUCCUCUUUCCAGCGAUCUUGGCGGUGCAUAAAGAGGUAUGGAUGUUGGAAAGGUUGGCUGGAGUGUACACGUUUGGGCAGCCAAGGGUAGGGGAUGAGAAGCUUGGGAAGUUUGUUAUGGAGCAGUUGAAUAAGCAUGGUGGGAGUUACUAUAGGUUCGUUUAUAGCAACGAUAUUGUGCCUAGGUUGCCUUAUGAUGAUACAACGCUCUGGUUCAAGCACUUUGGGACGUGCCUCUACUACAAUAGCUUCUACGUAGGGAAGAUCGUGGCAGAAGAACCAAACAAGAACUAUUUCUCGCUCUGGACGGUUUUGCCCAAGUUACUGACUGCAGAGUGGGAGGUAGUACGAAGCUUCGCCAUCGGAUACAUCAAGGGACGAGAUUAUAGAGAAGGAUGGGUUUUGAGAAUGCUCAGGGUCAUUGGACUUGUUUUCCCGGGCUUCCCUGCUCACACUCCUCAAGAUUAUGUAAAUGCCACUAGAUUAGGAACAUCACUAAUAACCCAUGACCAAAUAAUUGAAAGCUCAAAGCUUGAUUAACGUAAGAUUAGCUUCUGCUUAUUUAUAUUUAUUCAAAUGAGGUCCUUUUUUUGCAUUGUCAACAAUCCUAUGCUUGCAAGGUUUUCAAGUGUACAAUCAGAACAUAUGAAGGCAUCUAAUAAACAUGGGUUUAAUUCACACUU